UGACAUUGUAACUAGGUUGUUAUUAUCCAACUUUCUUGAAGGGUCUGUUUUCCUUUUUCUGUGGUCGCUUUGUGUUAGCAAUGAUGGCUGUUUCCCUUCUCAUAUAAUCUAUUUGCUAUUUUUAAUUCUAAUCAUCUAAAUUGGCAUCAACACUUCUUUAUUUUCACAUACUUUACUUCUGUUGUCCUUCAUUUCGUUUGCCACUGUACUAAUUGGGGGUUCAACUGCUUACAUUAAAAGGGUCCUCUUCUGUUGUCUCCUUGUGUAAGCAAAGUAAAGUUCUUUAUUUCUUCAUGUGGUUCUCUUAGUUUCUUAGGUUUAGCUCUCACUCAUCUUGGGUAUCUUUCUGGUUGUUAUAUUUUCCUGUUGCUCAUCUUCUCCAUGCCUCCAACAUAUUUUCCCCUUCGGUGGGAGAGCACUGGAGAUCAGUGGUGGUAUGCUUCUCCAAUUGAUUGGGCAGCUGCUAAUGGUCACUACGACUUGGUACGAGAGCUGCUUCGCAUUGACAGCAAUCACCUUAUCAAGCUCACCUCUUUACGACGAAUUCGAAGACUUGAGACUGUCUGGGAUGAUGAAGAACAGUUUGAUGAUGUUGCCAAGUGUCGUUCUCGGGUUGCAAGGAAGCUGUUUGUGGAGUGUGAAUCCAAGAGAGGGAAAAAUUCUCUCAUCCGCGCUGGCUAUGGUGGAUGGCUUAUGUACACUUCUGCUUCAGCUGGAGACUUGGGUUUUGUUCAAGAACUUCUUGAAAGGAACCCUCUGCUUGUUUUUGGGGAAGGAGAAUAUGGUGUUACUGAUAUACUUUAUGCAGGAGCCAGGAGUAAGAGUUCUGAGGUUUUCAAGCUUCUUUUUGGUUUUGCAGUCUCCCCCAAGUUUUUGACAGGGAAAGGUGGAGAAUUGGAGGAGCACAUUGUGGAGAUCCCUUCUGUUUACAAGUGGGAGAUGAUGAACAGGGCUCUUCAUGCUGCUGCAAGAGGAGGAAAUUUGAAGGUUUUACAGGACCUUCUUGCUGAUUGCUCUGAUAUUUUGGCUUACAGAGAUAUUCAAGGCUCAACUAUCCUACAUGCAGCAGCUGGCAAAGGGCAGGUUGAGGUAGUUAAGUAUCUAAUAUCAUCCUUUGAUAUUAUCAAUGCCACUGAUCAUCAGGGCAAUACAGCAUUGCAUGUGGCUGCCAACAGGGGGCAAUUAUCUGCAGCUGAAGCUCUAAUUUCUGCAUCUCCUUCAUCCAUCUCUCUGAAAAACAAUUUGGGAGAAACUUUUCUCCAUAAGGCUGUGUCCGGUUUCCAGACUUCUGCUUUCCGGAGGCUAGAUCGACAAAUUGAGCUUAUGAAGCAGUUGGUAUGGGGGAACCUUUUCACCAUGGAAGAUGUCAUCAAUGCCAAAAAUAAUGAUGGAAGGACUGCUCUUCACAUGGCCAUCAUUGGAAACGUUCACCCUGAUCUUGUGAAACUUAUGAUGACUGCUCCAUCAAUCAAUGUGAAUGCCCAUGAUGUAGAAGGCCUAACGCCACUUGAUUACCUGAGGCAACGGCCGCAUUCUGCGUCAUCAGACAUACUAAUUCGACAGUUGAUUUCAGCUGGAGGAAUAUUUAGCAGUCAGGAUUACAGUGCAAGAAGAGCCAUGGCUUCCCGCAUAAAAAUGCAAGGUAAUGGUAGCAGUCCUGGAACUUCGUUUAGAAUCUCUGACACAGAAAUAUUCUUGUACACAGGCAUUGAGAAUGCAUCAGAUGCAAUUGCUGAACAGGGUAGUGCAGGAAUGAGUUCAUCAUCUAUGGAUUUAAGUCCAUACGAGUCAACCAAUGAGAACAACAGCUCACUAACUAACAAGAAACCUAGUUCUGUGAAUACUACAGGACAACGAUUGAAAUCUGUCCUAUGGCCCCGGAUGAAAGCAAAGAAACCUAAGAUUUUCAAAAAAUCAGUUAAUGAAGGUUCAGUGGAAUCAUACAAGAAAUGCAACAGUUCAGAUGAAACUCCAACCCCACUUAGAGUGAGAUUUUUGAAGCCUUCAUCACUUCCUAACCACAAACGGACACUUUCUGUGAGGAGUAAUCAAUCAAGCCCAUCUGCCAAGAAAAGAUUUGCUUCGGGGCUACUGCAUGGUGUUGUACAGGCCAUGCCACAUAUUUCCGUGCCACGCCGAUCUCGUUCGAGUUCAUUUUCAAAAUCAUCACUUUCUUCACCUAAUUCGUUGGAUAAACAGAAAGGUAUUCUUAUUGAAGAUGAUGUGGCAGGACCAUCUUGCUCAAAUCAGCUAUUUACUGAUGGAGCUCCAAAUUCGAUUAAACAAGGCUCCACUAGUAAGAGUUUGAGGAGCCAGUAUUUCUGUUGUGGUACAGCAGGCGUAUCUGUGAAAGCCCCAGCAAGCACGCAGCAGCAGCAAGGCCAGAGUUACAAGUGCCCCGUUGUUUCAGUGGCUUGAUUCACUUGACGAAAAGACUUGGGUAUGGUAAUGAUGCAGGCCUCAAACGGCAGACAAUAAUUAAUUGUCAUGAAACCAUGCCAACAGAAAAGGCACUAACUUAGAAUAAGAAUCAGAUCAGUCCUCUAGCUGGUUACUGAACUUUAGAACUUUACAGCAUGUUUCCUAUAUUUAUAUCCUUGUAGCAUGUUUGCUUGUUUAAUAUGUGUAAGUUAUGUACUUGUUCUUCAAUCCUGGCUUCUUAAUUA